GAUAAAUUCCAUCUGAUGAUGGUUAAUAGUGAGCUGAAAACAUUGAAAUUUGAAACAACUGAACAAUCCUCCUCUGAGAAGAAAAGAAAACAUCCUGUUGCUCCCUCGUCAAGUCGUCAUCCCACCAACGCAGAUGCAAAAUGGGGAGACGGGGUUUAAGCAAAUAAUAGUCGAGGAAGGAGAGGUUCUCCUCACUACACCUCGGCUCGCUGGAGCCGAUAAGGCUGCCGCGCCCUCCCUCUCUCCUGCGGUGCUCCCAUGGAAUCGGCGGCGAUUGGGUCGCAGUCCCCGCUCUCCUUCCCCUCCAACCUCUGGUAUCUGCUCAUGUCAUAUUUAUGGGGUAAAAAAAAUCCAGUACCCAGCUGUCAGUAAUGCGCGGGUUGCACGGGAGGAACACGACAGUGGACAAGAGUGUGUCGGACCAGCUACACGCCAGAUGGGCUGCGACGUUCGACAAGGCCCAGCUGUAGCAAUGGGAUGGUUACCGGGCCGGCGUAGAUCAACUUCUUAAAAGCAUUGCGUGAAGCUUAAGUAGAUGAGAAAGGAGUUGGAAGGAGUCAUCUUGUAACAGAAUUAUAUUCCACCGCAUUCUACUGAAAACUUCUCUAGCUAUCUGUUCUUCUCUACGUCUUUCGUUCUUCUUCCCUGCCUCUACCAAAUUCUUGUGUUCUAGCCUAGCCGAUUGCUAACAAGUGGUAUCAGAUUCGUUCGAUCCUCGGCUUCAAUUUGCCAACGCCAUGUCUCUCGAUUUCAAGCUCAUCCUCGACGAGCUCAAUCGGCGAUUCGACGAGCUAGAGAUUCGCUGGGACUGACGCUUUUCGCCCUCUACGUACCUCGACCAUCCGCCCACACCGCUCAGCGUCCACCAAUCCUCCGACGCAUCUGCCAGCACGCCGCCCACCCCGACUGCAGCCGUUGGGGUCGUCACUGGGGCGGGUGCUUCGAUGACGGCGAGCAGUACUACGAGGCGUCAUCUGUGGUCGCCGACAACUGGGGCGGACUCUUCGAGGGCUGUGAUGCUGUCGCCGAUAUCUUUUCGAACCUGCUCGACUCCGACCCCGACGAGGCGUUCGUCACCUCCCACUCGGACAAGGCGCUGCUCGACAACCACCAAGCCGGCGUCGUCGAUGAUGGACCAGCGGCCACGACAACCUGGUGGUGGUGUGCUUCGGCGACUGGCGACAUGGAGAGCACGCUCAAGGGGAUUCGCGGCAGCGAUGCGCCGUGCGUGCUGGACCUGGACGACGUAGCCACUUUGGCAGGCGGCGUCGAGGACACUUACGACGAGGACCGCGCCACCGAGGAGCAGCUCGCCACGCCCUUGGACACGCUCCUGUGCGCCGGCCUCGACCCUGUCAAGUCGCACAUCGGGUGCCUGCUGCUGCAGCGCCUCAAGCUUUUGCCUACCUCGAUUGGUGCCCAGGUGGUAUUCGAGGAAAUGCAGCAAAGCGCCAUCGUCAGGGACGCGCACGCCUACGGCGUCAUGGUGCAUGUGCCGCCCGUUUGCAUGCUUGAUGGAGUUCACUCUCAACAUUUUUUUGGAACAGGGAUUAUAAUAUAUCAUUCUGAGCACCUGGGUCUGGUUGCAGUUGAUAGGAAAACAGUGCUUGUAUCUAUCGCUGCUAUACUGCUUUCGUUUGCUCCAUAUUCCAUUGAAAUACCUGGAGAGGUUGUUUUCCUCCAUCCUGUUCACAACUUUGCCCUGCUCGCUUAUGAUCCUUCUGCACUAGGAGCUGGAGCAUCUGUUGUCCGGUCUGCUAAGCUUCUAUCAGGUAGUGGUGCCACUAUAGUUGAGGACCAGAAGGUGUUGGAGGAAAAGAAUGCUCAGAAUACAGUGCUGCUACAUCCGUUGCUUCCUAUGGUUGACAAAGGACCAUGGCCACCACCUGUACAGUUGGAAAUUCAUAGUACUGGUAUUCAGCUAAGACCAGUACCUUGGCCAUCUCUUUACUGUUAUGCAGUUUGGGCGUCGUGGAUUGAGUUAAUGGUCGUGGUCGGUUACAUUUCUCCAAAGCCUCCUUGGUUGUCGUUUGCUUCAGAGGCCAAGAAUGUACACGAUCUGUUCAUUGGGGUGUUCUCAGGAGAUGUCUAUUCUAUGUCACUGAGGCAGCAGUUGCAUGAUCCUGGAAAGAAGCCUGUUCCAUAUCAGUAUUUGGCAAGCUACUACGGUGCACUAUUGGGUUGCUCUUGGAGUGUGGAUGGCAAAUAUUUACUGUCAGUUGGUGACAAUGAUCUUGUGCAAGUAUGGAGCAUGAAUGACACAAAUAUCGUUUCAUGUGGCGAAGGGCAUAACUCAUGGACUGGUGCGCUGUGUAUGGCAUUCUAUGCACAAUCUGAAGAAACUAGGCAGAGUCAUUCUGUUCAUAAGUUUGCUCUGGGCACUCUUGCCUUCGAACACACUUUAUCCAGUGGAUCGCCAAUCCGAUCAGAAGUGGAGUUAUUGCCUGAAUCUGUUGAAGUCAUUGACAAAGAUUAUGGUUGGACACGAUACCCAACUGCUUCUCUAGAAUCCAGCAUUGCACGAGAUUGCUGUCCCUCUACGGUGGCUCACCGACAAUCAGUAGUGGAAGCUCUUCUACAGUGUGAUAGGAAAUCAUCUAGCAGAGUUGUAGUAUCACAGUGGGAGUCAUUUUUAGCUGAUUAUUUUAGGCAUACCUGCUUUGCUUCUACAGUUGAUUACUUCCUGAAUGGCUUGCAGCAGCAACAUGGGGAUUGCAUAUCUUCUUUCAGAGUUCACCUAAUUAUAUUGCAAUUUCUGAAUGUCACUGCAUCUGAAACUAAAAGUGGAGUUUGUGCAGCUCACAAUUAUCUGUCAGAUUCACUAGACCAGCAAGCUGGUAUUGGUUGGCCACUUGCUAGACAUGAUGAGAUGGUUUGGCCAAGAACAGCUGUGGUCAGUUACAACAAAUUAGUCGAGGUUCAAAGUAGGAAUCCUAGUAUCUGGCCUAUGCCAUGGUUUUCUUUCACCAUCAUGAGUGGAGGUACUGCAGUUUGGUAUUGUGACACCUUCUGGACGCCUCCAUCUCCACCUACAUAUCCGGAGGAAAAACAUCAACGCCCAUAUGGUGCUCCUUGUCGGAUUGCCUUGUUGGUGGACUUUGAGCUUAAUUAUCAACAACUGAAAUUUGUACACUAUGGAAGAAUUCAUUUCUACAUCUGGGAAGAAUUGGAGAGCUACCAGUCAGUCAUGAAUAGCCAAGUUCAACGCACACAUGAUCAGGAUAGGAGGUCUAUGGUGCUCCUAAAGGGCAAUCUGGUCUUCAUCUUGCCUGGGUUAAUUUUGGUCGCUCAUGAUCUGGGCGGUGCCUGUCAGAGGGACACAAAUGGGACUCUGUCAUGGGCAUCAUAGGGAGCGGUCACUCAUGUGGGGCCGCACCUAUGCGCGCCAAAAGCGAGAGGCCGCAGGGGGCGCUGGCAGCAGCACGCGCAAGGAAGGCACGGACGCUGGCAGCAGCGCGCGCAAGGAAGGCAUGGCAAAGGAAAGCGCGCACAAGGAAGGCAUGGCAAAGGAAAACGCGCGCAAGGAAGGCAUGGCAAAGGAAAGUGACUGAUUUGGUGGCUAAAUUGAUAGACCUAAAUUGUAGGGGAGAUAAUUUCAAUUAGUCACUUGCCUAAUUAGUGGUUGCCUAGUUGGUCAACCGGUGGCCUAUAUAUAGGCCUGUACGCAGGAGACAAAG